AGCUCUUGAGUGGUUUCGACCGGUACUUAGACUAAAUGCAUCGUUGAAACGCGACAUGAUAGGACUCGAUCGUGUCGUCGGCUCUCACGGUCCGUAAUUAGUAUACAUGACGCGUACGUCUGCGAUAUUUCGAGAGUUACUGCCACUGCAUUCCAAUCCUGUUUCCAAACCACCAAGAAUAAUCAUGUUGGUCAGAAUAAGAUCGAAAGAUGGAAACUUCAGGUUCGAAAUGCCGCCUACAGCGGACAUCUCUGAACUUGUGGCAAAGAUCCUCGAAACCACUGAAAACGCCGAUCCCUCUACUCUCACGAUAUCCAAUCAACCUAGGGGUAACGAGACCCGAGCGUCGACGCUGAAGGGACAAUCUUUACAAGGGCUUGGUCUGAAACAUGGCGAUCUGAUAUUUGUGUCAUACAAAUCACAAGCCGUGCCAUCCGCUCCUCCUCCUCCUGUGGCAGAGAAUGGUGCACCUCACCUUCCGACGAGCGCAGAGCAAUCCAGACGUCUUUGGGAAUCUGUUAAGGAGGAUCCCGUGGAUGAAUAUUGGCGCUCCAAGGAUGGAAAAAUUCCUCGAGGACGCGAUUCGAGAUUCUGCAAGCAUGGCGCGAAUGCGAUGUGUGACUAUUGUAUGCCCUUGGAGCCCUAUGAUGCAGGCUACCACGCAGAACACAACAUUAAACAUCUUUCAUAUCAUGCGUAUCUUAAGAAACUGCAGCCGAAGAUGUCCUCGAGUACGUCAUCACAUCUUCCUCCUCUUGAACCACAGUCGUACAAGGUGAAGGUGCCCUGUCCUUCUGGCGGACAUCCAAAUUGGCCUGCUGGUAUCUGUACGGCAUGUCAACCUUCCGCAAUCACCUUACAAAGCCAGGCUUUCCGAAUGGUUGAUCAUUUGGAGAUCGCUUCCACGGAUAUCAUCGAGAGAUUCUUGCACGCGUGGCGUCAGACCGGAUUGCAGCGAUUUGGAUGGCUUAUUGGAAGAUAUGAGCCAUAUCCAGAAGUACCAAUGGGCGUGAAGGCUGUUGUUGAAGCCAUUCAUGAACCUCCGCAAGAGGGUGAACUCGACGGUCUAUCGUUAGGCAUCCCAUGGGAGGAUGAGCCUCGAAUCAAGGAACUAGCAAAGUCGGCGGCGGCACCACUGACUAUCGUGGGCUAUAUUUUCACUGACCUCGAACCCACUCCGGAAGACAGGACGAAGGUUGCCUACAAACGACAUCCCCAAUCAUUCUAUCUUUCCUCCUUAGAAAGUAUCUUCGCCGCCCAUGUCCAAAAUGCGAACCCAACCCUAUCGAGAUCAUCAUCGACCGGAACGUUCGCUUCCCGUAUGGUGACAGCUGUGUUGACAGGUACAGAAGAUGGUGGUGUUGAUAUUUCGGCGUAUCAAGUGUCCGAGCAAGCGUGUGCUAUGGUUGAUGCCGAUAUGAUUGAAGCUAGUGUUGACCCUGGGAUAGUUCGAGUAAAAGAGGAGGAUAGGAGUGAAGACAAUGCCAGAUACAUCCCAGACGUCUUCUUCCGGUACAAAAAUGAAUAUGGCCUGGAGGUCAAGAAAAGUGCAAAACCGUGCUUCCCAGUGGAAUAUCUCCUUGUCAAUGUCACCCAUGGCUUCCCACAAACCCCAGCCCCACUCUUCCGGUCGAACAAGUUCCGCAUUGAGAAUAGACCAGGUUUGGAAGAUCAGCAUAUUGAGUCGGUUUUGCAAGACUUGGCCCGUCUUCGUGCGCCGGAACUUGCGGAAAAUCCAAAUGGUGGCGAUUUUCAGCAACGGGUCGAGUUGGCCAAAUGGUUGAGCGAUUGGCAUUUGGUCGCGUUUCUUGGCACCACUCAGUUAAUUAAUCCCGAGGAUAUGAAGGUGCUUGCUCGUGUUGCGUCUUCACCCGAUUUGGAGGACCCUUCGAUUUUGGAUCCUCUAUUCCGCACAGAGAGUUGGCAGACAUUAAUGACCUUCACGAGGGAGACAGCACCCCGUCGACCCACAACAUCUGCGCCUUCCACGGGUCCCAGCGCAAUGGAUGAAGACAUACCCCAGGAUGUAUUUGACCAAAUUGCUCGUGAGCAAGAAUCAGCAACCGGCUCUGGUGGCAAUAUCAGGAUUUGUCCGCACUGCACGUUUGAGAACUCUCAUGGUGGUACUGAUUGCGAAGUCUGUGGACUUCCGCUUGACGGCUAGAUUGUGACAUUGUCAUGAUACUUCAUGAUUCUAUAGUGAGUGCCGAGCAGAAGUGCUAAGAGGAUAAAUUCACGUUGUAUAUUACAGACAAUUCAGUAUCGUGUAUUGAAGGGAUGCUUUCUUAGUUUUUUAGAGAAUGGACAUCGACGACAAGCUCCUCCACAAAAUGUGCCGGGAACCGAGUAAGGUUGUCUGAUAGCAACGGAAUGCGUUCAAUCUGAAUGCGGCCCCGACUCCGAAGACGUAGCUCAGUGGCCCUUUCAGUAGAGGCGCGUCCAAUCAUCCACCUCAUUUGGGUGCCGCUGCAGUCUUCUCUUUGAAUUAGCCUCCAGAAGAUAAUUCGCGCAAGGGAUUGUAUCAGCAGGGACGCCUUCACUUGUAAAGACAAAUUUUCGUACGUUGCAGAUGUCGUGUAGGACUCAUCGCCGGCCCUUUUCGGGAUUUUUCUUUUUGGUUCUUAAGGUUUGGCUUCGAGUGGUU